AUGGAGUAUACAGAGUUAGCCAGGUCUGCAGCUGAGAAAUUGUUAUCGUACAGCAAAGAUCAGAGCGGCUGGAAACUCUGCAAGAGAACUCUGAACGAUAAACUGAGAGAUGUUGACUUUACCACCUUGUCUGGGGAUAAGAUCUCCUUUACUAAUGAAAGGGAUGUGCCAGGACUUUAUGAGAUUAUAAACUGGGUUGUGACGUCUGAUUUUGACAUUUCUGCCAAUAAAGUUGGCAUAUUUAACCCCUCUGCUCCUGCUGGACAACAACUUGCUAUCAACAAUGAAGAUAUUCACUGGAACUCUCAAGUGCUUCUGGUUCCUCGCUCAGUGUGCAGUAACAGCUGUGCCCCUGGGUACAGGAAGGUGCCUUUAAAACAACGACCGGUCUGCUGCUAUAUCUGUGCAAAAUGUCCUGAGGGAGAGAUCUCUAACAUAACAGAUGCUGAAAAUUGCGUGAUUUGUCCUGAAGAUCAGUGGUCCAAUGAGAGAAGAGAUAAGUGCAUUUCAAGGACUAUGGAUUUUCUUUCACAUGAGGACCUUACAGGUGUUCUUCUGAUUUCCCUGUGUAUAAUAUUCUGUAUAAUGGCCUCCUCAGUGAUGGGGAUUUUUAUUAAACACCAUGAGACACCUAUAGUUAAAGCCAAUAACAGAAACCUCAGCUACAGCCUCCUCAUCUCCCUCAUAUUGUCCUUCCUCUGCUCCUUGUUAUUCAUUGGACGUCCUGUGACAGUGACCUGCCUGCUCAGACAAGCUGCCUUUGGUGUAAUAUUUACAGUAUCUGUCUCUUGUGUUCUGGCAAAAUCAAUCACUGUUGUCAUUGCCUUUAAUGCCACUAAACCUGGCAGCAAGAUUAAGAAGUGGGUGGGUUCCCAGGUAUCCAUGUGCCUGGUUAUCGUUUGUUCCCUGGGGCAGGUAGUGACAUGUACUGUGUGGCUUAGUCUCUGCCCUCCAUACCCAGACUAUGACACUCAGACUGACACUGGGAAGAUGAUAUUACUUUGUAACGAGGGGUGUGUCCCUGCUUUCUACACUGUGAUUGGCUACUUGGGCUUCCUGUCGGCAUUAAGUUUCCUGGUUGCUUUCCUGGUUAGGAAGUUACCCGCCAGUUUCAAUGAGGCCCAGCUAAUCACAUUCAGCAUGCUGGUGUUCUGCAGUGUGUGGCUGUCCUUCAUCCCAGCGUACCUGAGCACCAAGGGCAAAUACAUGGUGGCCGUGGAGAUAUUUGCUAUUCUGGCUUCCAGUGCAGGACUGCUGGGCUGUAUAUUUAUUCCCAAGUGCUACAUUAUAUUGGUCAAACCUGAGAUAAACACUCGAGAAUAUGUAUUUGGGAAACAAUAA